UUGCUGAUUUCUAUCUAUCAUGGGAAAAUAGCCGCUCGACUCGAGCCAGAGGAGGAGGAGGAGGAGGAGGAAGAGAUCCCCUGUCAGUCAUCAUUCAGAGGAGCCAGAGGAGAGGAGAGAGAGAGCGGAGAGGGGAAGUUUUAACGUGGACACCGUGGAGGAAGUUAAACAUCAUUUUUAUUCCCCCCCCUCCCACCUCUCCGCCUCGAUCAGGGGAAGUCAUUUUUAGCGGACACCGGACGAUGUGAUGACUUCGGCGCUUUCUCUCUGGAUGACCACGAGCUGCACCUCUGCUGACACGAUGCUCAACUUCCCCCGCUGCUCGCUGCUCCCAGUGGUGGCGGUGGCUGUCCUCACAGCUGUUCAAGUUGCUGAGGGUCAGAUGUUUGCCGAAGACGUUGGGACGUCUGCAGUCCCGUCUCCAGUUUAUCCCACUGUCAACUUUCAGGUCCUCAAUGUGAAUCACGUGUUUCUGAGGCAGGAUAGUUCGCAGCCAACGGGGAACUCCAGCCUGAAGGCUCAGACUAAGACUUUUCUCAUCACUGGUCCCAUCACUGGGCUCCUCCAGCCAGUCGUCAAUGCCUCAUACGGCCCCCUGACUGUAGAUGCACCGAUUCAACCAGACCAGCUCCUCAGUGGGCCCAGGAUCCUGCCCGUUCUUUUGGUUCGCCAGGUUCGUUCCUCGUCACCUGUUGUCAAGAUUCUCUUCCACAUGCCCAAAGAAAGUGGCAUCGCUUUUGGGCAAGAAAGUUCAGAGUCUGGUGAAGCCAAUGGGAGGAAAAGCGCUGGUGCAAAGGCAAAGGAUGGAGCUCAAUGCGUGACGGCCUACGCCUUCUGGGAGACGAGGGAAGUUCGCGGGGCAUGCUUGGUGUCGCCAGGUGGAUUCUGUGUGGCACAGCUGAAGCCAGAACCCGCCUGGUUCAGCUCAGGCAGCCGAUCCGGCAGCUCUAGCAGGGAAGCGGGAAGAACCGAAGGAGUUAAAGGGAUUCAGGGGAACCUCGUGGAGGUCUACUUUCAGAGUCGCAGGGAUCAGACAGGCCAGUGCACCCCACAGGAUAGCUUGCAGCGCGUGGGAGUGGGAAGAGGAAGAGACUCUGGGGGAUCAGGGACACCCAUGAGGCGGGUAGGAAGUGUCAACCUGCUCAGAACUCCACCAGGGAAUCCCACCUUUUUCCGACUGAGGCUUGGAGGCGCCGUGGUGAUUCAGACUUCCUCCAAGCCCCUGAAGACCACAGACGUUGCAACUUUCUAUGUCUUCCUGGCUAGCACGUCAACCCUGGAAACUUUCACUCUCAGGGCAUCGGUGAAAACAGGCCUGUCAUUCAGUGCUGUGCGACCCAGUGACUCAGCUCUGUGGGACAUCGUCGCGGAGCCCGGCAGAGGAGCGACCGUCUCCGUCGUCUGUCAGAGGAAGGUCGCGAUCACUGCAAAGAGGGGUCUUUUGGAAGUUUUACAACUGGACUUUGUGCCAAAAGAUGUCUCCGAGCAGGUGGAGAGUCAGAGCAUCUCCUGGCGCCUGGAGUUGCCCGGCAAUGUCAAGGACGCUGGCAUAAUGCGGAUCUACACAACACAGAGGGACUAUGUGGGUCUGGCACCUCUGGUCAUGAACACUGAUAUCUUGAACACUGCGGCUCUGACGGGUGAAACGGUGUCCAUCCCUGUGAAUACUCUGGCUGUGGAGGCCGAUGGCUCAGUUACUGAUGUGACCAAGUACACCAGCUGUAGGUCUACAGAGGAGGAUGUACUCAAGGUGUCGGAGCGAUGCGACUUUGUGUAUGUAAACGGGAAGGAGACGAGGGGGAAGAGCAGGGUGAUGCUCAACUUCACUUACGGUUUCCUGAGUGCCCAGCUGGAGAUGAGCGUGUGGAUGCCUCGCCUGCCCCUGGACAUCGAUGUGGCCGACCCAGAGCUCAGCCAGAUCAAAGGCUGGAGGGUUCCUAUUACCACGGGCAACAGGAGGUCGACUUGGGACAGCGAAGAAGAGGAGGAGAUGAGGAAGGGCAGAGGUUGCAUGCUGCAGUACCAGCACUCUGCGCUCAGGGUGCGGACACACUUCAUGGCCCAGGCUGACGCCGAGGCCCUGCCUGACCCGCUAACUGGGGCAGAGCCCGUUGAGUACUUCCUGGGUCCUGACUGGCAGGUGGAUGUGACCAAUCUUGUGCGCAGCUCUCUUAAAGUGGCAGAUCCUGACGUAGCCAGGGUGCUGGAUGGGGUGGUGGUGCAGGGACGUGCUGUAGGCGCCACUGCUGUCCAGGUGCUGUCCCCUGUGACGUCGUCGGUGCUGGCUGAGAGGAGCAUCAGGGUGGUGGACGACAAAGUGAGUGUGACGGAGCUGGGGGUGCAGUUGGUUUCCGGACUCUCUCUGUCCCUGCAGCUCAGCCCGGGGAGCAACAGGGCCAUCGUUGCCACGGCAACCGCCAGGGAGACGAUCACGCAGCUCAAACAGGAAGCGGUGGUCAGCUGCUGGGUUCAGUUCAGCGAUGGCGCCGUCUCUCCACUGGAGCUGUUUGACCGCAGUAUCUACUCCCUGACAGUCUCAACCCCAGAUGAGGAUAUAGCCACUGUACGCCGCACCCCACAGUCCACAUUCGUAGUGGCACAAGGCGAAGGUAUUGGCCAGGGGGCAGUAGUGAGAGUGGAGCUGAGGAUCUGUGAGGAAUGCCAGAAAUCCAAGAGGAAGAGCAAGUUGGCGGUGGGCACGGGGCUCCUCAGGAUCAACAUCCAGAGCAGCAGCAGAGGUAGCAGUGAUGAAUCUAAAGAUUCUGAUGGUGGUGCGUCAGAAUUGGUAGGUGAGCUUAAAACAACACAGCCUGCAGUCACAGAUUUGGAUAAAUGGUUGUUCAGAAGCACAGUACCUGAUCAGCAAGAGUCCACCCUGAAAGAGACUAGCACCUCGACCACAUUUACUACUAGAUAUGUGCAGCCACGUGUUGUGUGGAUCGGGACUACAAUCAGAGCUACAAGAGGUACCACAAAUGCUGUCAUUCCCUCAACCGCCACUAUGGCUAUCAGCAAGUCAAGCUUACAUACACCAAUGAGCACCGUCAGACCUGUAGAUCCAACAGUGGGCUUAGAUACUAAAGGAGAGGGACAAAAGAGAAGCUACGGGAACAUGCUAGACAACUCCAAUUCACCCCCGAACAAAGACCCUCCUAUAGCAGAAAUUACACCCAAGAAGGAGCCUCCGAAAACUAAAACUCCAAAAGUAAUCGAGAGCGACCUCAUCAGGACAUUCAAAGCCAUGACAGACAUGGAAAUCGGCAUGUAUGCCUUGGUGGGGGUCUCCUGUGUUGCUAUCCUGGCAUUUUUGCUCAACUGUGCUUCGUAUAACCUAUGUUUCCGGAAUCAUAAGACACCCAUACAGGCAGGUCCACCACCCAGCGGGAACCUGAAGGAUCACAAGCACGACUGGGUGUGGUUAGGGGGCAGCAAUAAUAACGCUCCGGUCCCAGGCGCCCCUGCCCAAGUGUCGACGCUAAAACGCGAGGCUCACCGCCCUCUGGAAUCCCGUCAUUCCAUGGACUCCAUCGCCCAUCGCAGCAUGGAGAGCACCCUGCCCACGGUGAGCGCCCCUGCCGUCCCCGAAAGAACUGCAACCCUGGGCCGCAGCAGGACCAGCUCCCAACAGCAGUUUCAGACAAAAGCCAUCGACCCCAUGGCGAACCGUUCAGCCACUUUGCUGGCCAGGCCUCAUCGCACGGAGCCGCUCCAUUCCCCCACUAGUAAGCGGAACCAGGUCCAGUUCACCACCUUCACCACACUGGACAUCAAGCACUUGGCUGCACUGAAGAAGAACGGUGUGGACUUAAACUGGGCCAACCAGCAGCAGACAAAGCAACACCAGGCCCCCGUCGAGCCCCAGGCACCUUUACCUGACAUGCCGUGGCCCGUGGUCAAACCUAUGGGAGAGCCCCAGUGAGUUUGUCGGGAUGUGUUUGUGUGAGUAGGAGAGAGCGGGAGAACAAAAGAGUUUUGCUUCUUUGAAGUUUGUUCGCAGAAUGUCUAAAGUAAAUAAGCUGUUUGUUUGCUUUUUUGAUAAAAGAUUAAAACACUUUAGGAGAUUUUAUUGGGGUUAUUUAUUGAGGGUAGAUGAAGGACGUUUUAUAUUAAAGAAUCCUGUAAAUACAUUAUAUAAUGGAGUACCCAUGAAGAGCAACAUAGGAGACAUUGUGUUAAGUUUUCAAGAUUCAAAACAUGAUUUUAUCCUCUAAAUGCAAGAUGCGCUCUCCAGGUCUGAAGCUGUAAAUAAACAUAUAUCUAUACUACUACUUAUUUCUGCAUUUCUAACUCAAAACAAAUGAAGUUUCAUCUCCUCGUUCUUUUGUACAAUUCUGUUGCCCCUGUAGGAUCGGCUCCAGAUAUUGCUAGUUGUCAGGGUAAAUGCAGUACGUGAGGGAUUAUUUCUUGUAAGUAAUUCUAUUCUUUUCCAGCCUUUUGUACUCUUUUUUUUUUUUUUUUUUUUUUUAGGAUUCCUCCAGCGAAUACCUGAAGAGUCUGUGCAAUUUGUCAGAGAAUAUGCAACAUUUAUCAAGUUAUUUUGAGCAAUCUGUCACUGUAGUCUUCACCGGAUAUUUAUUCAAAUCAAAUGCAUGCUAUGCAAAUACAGUCCGUGCAGAGUUUGAAGUGGACAGUGUUUCUGAAUUUUUUAACUAAGUUACCUUGGGCUUAAGGCUCCUCCUGGGGGCCUGCUCCAACAAUUUGUAGCAAUGUCUAAUCUUGGUCUCUUGAGUCAGAGCAAUACAUAUUCAACUACAAGAAUUUUUUUUCAUGUGUGAAUGAAAAAUGAUGAUGCCUUUUCUAUGUAACAUCCUCUUCUUUUUAAACCAAAAUGUGGUGUGUAUUUCCUAUGAGAUCCCAUCAAUAAAGAACAAAUGGAUACAUUUGUCAUAGCGUAAAUUCAAUUUGAUUCAAUCGUUGUUGUUUUUUUAAAAGCCUUAGAAAUAGUAAAGUAUCAUUCAUAGGGAAGCACAGUGAAUGGGCUGGAUUAUAGGCUGAAGCUCUUCUAUGAAUCAGUGGGAUUUAAUUAUGUUAAAUCACUCGCAAAUGUGAUUUAAGGCUGAUGUCAUUCAGCAAAAUGUCAUUCUGACAGCAGCGUAUUUGAUGUGCCUGCCAAUAUUGGGAUUCUGUGCUGCACAAAAUAACUGUUAUACAGAGAGUGAAAGAGCAACGGGAGAAGAGAGAGUGAUUCCCAUUUUGUGUAUUGUGACAUUCUCCCCGAAGAAUUACAGGUAUUUUAUCUAGGCUGGAGGGUUGCAAAUGAUAACUCAUGGCUCAUUUGUCUCCCCCCCACCCCCCUUCUCCUCCCUGUGUCUCUGAGGUGACCACAGCUACACUCCUCAAAAUUACAUUCCGGGAGCUGUGAUGCAUAAACAGCGUCCGCGGCUUAAAGAAGCCCAGAUAAUCUGAUGCCCUGCACCUCAGGAAUUGGCAGUCGGGGAUAUGACAGUGAGCAUCACGGCUCCCUGCUGCACGACAGCAUCGGAUGGAUUUAGAGUGUUGAUAAAAGCAGUUUUAAUAACUUUCCCCCCAAAAAUUCUUUAUACCUACAGGCCCAGUGGUUUUGUACGUGUAUAAACUCGCUACCCUUUCCAGUCAGUUUAUCUGUCCAGCAGCGGCAGGGAAAGUAAACAAACUCCCCUCAGAGAUAAGCAGUGAUUCAAAGCUGUUUCUGCGGUGCAUCGU